CACGUUCUUGACACAGUUGUAAAUACUCUUUUUUUCAGCCAGAUUUAUCUAUAAGCCUCAAUUAUCUGUCUAAACACCGAAACAAACCAUGUUUCCUCAAGCCAUCAAAUUCAUACUGCUUCACGCAGGGGCGUUGCUUUGCGGCUUUUUUUCAUCGCGAAAUUUCUGUCAAUACCUGUAUUAUUCUGGCACCGCCUGGC